CAUCCCUGGGAGGAAAGCAAGCCCAUACCAGCGCCAUGACAGAGCUGGAGAAAGCGGUUUUACUCAUUCUCAACGUCUUCAACAGGUAUGCGGUCAGUGAGGGCAGUAAGCAGAAGCUGAGCAAGGGGGAGCUGAAGAAGCUGAUUGAGAUGGAGCUCCCCAGCCUCCUGAAGAAUGAAGAGGACGCAAAGGGUGCUGACAAACUGCUCAAGGAACUGGAGGGCAAUAGAAAUGCCUGGGUGGACUUCAGCGAGUUCAUCGUAUUUGUGGCUGCCCUCGCAUCUGCCUGUCACCAUCACUUCCUGACGGAGGAGGACAAAUGACGCCCGGAGGACAGAUUCCUGACAGAGACCCCAGCAGGGCCUGGCAGCAGAUCCUGGCUUCCGGAAAGCCCUUGGUGGCGGUUCUCUCCUUGGGCCGAGUUCCCUGGUGUCCCCCUGACUAAUAAAUGCUUGUGAUGCGGCUGA